AUGGAGGUAAGGUCUGGCCGCCUCGACAGCUUCAGCGGCGAGGAUCUCGAGUCCGCUCGAGACGUUCUCAUCUCGCGCUUCACGGUGGGCAAGAAGUCCGCCGAUCACAACCGCGCCCUCAUCAAGCGCAUCUUUUCGGGUGCCACCUUCCACUGCCACCGCGCCGGGCGCGAGGUCCCGACGGCCGGCUGCAGCCUCGCCCUCGGAGAGGUGGGCGGCCGGUGCGUGGCUGUCGGCUGCUACCGGCACGUGCCUGCACCACGGAGGUCGUCGCUCCAGGGCUUCACCGAGCUCUUGCUCCUCGCGGUCGAGACGGAGUACGAGCGCCAGGGAAACGGCCGCGCCAUCGUCGCUGUCAUCCUCCGCGACAGCUGGCGCGCCGGCUCUGCGCGCCUGCUGGUCGUCUCCACGGGCCACGCGUUUUGGAAGAAGCCCUCGCUGCAGCUCUCCGAGCUGGGGUCGCCAACGGACGUCGAGCAGCCCGUGUUUGCGCCCUGGUCGGCCGGCAUCUCCAUCGUCGGCCGGGAGGCGCGUGCCUGCUCCGAGCCGCGGCAGCGCUCUCCGCAGCCCGCCCCGCAACGCGUGGGGCAGGGCGGGGAGGCCCGGCGGAGGGGCGGGGAGUGCAAUCCCAACCACCCGCGGUAUGCCGGAGGCGACGAGGCGCAGGAGGCGGCGCCGUCCCGCAAGGCAGCCGCUGCCAAGCGGGCACCGGCGACCAGCACCCCUCGGCGGCCAGCGUCGCAGACCGCAGCGACGCAGGCGCCGGCAGCACGGCCGGCGCCAGUGGCGGCACGGGCGGCACCCUCAAAGCCUCUCGCGGGGAGCAGCGGCCUGCGGUGCCGGAGCUGCGACGCUCCCGGCGCGCAGCGGCGCGAGGCGUCGAACGGCGGCGCCCUCUGCCGGGCGUGCUACGGGAGGUGGAUCGCGCGCGAGUAUUGCCCCGUGUGCGAGCGCUUGUGGAGCGACGUCGGCGACGACGCGUGCAUGCUGCAGUGCGACUCGUGCGACUGCUGGGUCCACGCCCGGUGCGAGCGCCUCUCGCCGGCUUCGGUCGCGCGGUGGUGCGACCUCUGCUACUCGUGCCCGAGCUGUCGGGACGCGGCGCCGGGCGAGCAGCUGCCCGCCCCGCCCCGCUCCGCCGCCGUCAGGCCGUGCUUCAGCUGCCAGGCCGCGCCGGCCGUGGGGGAGGUCGAGGUACCGGAGCACGGAGCGGUCCCGCUUUGCGGUCACUGCCAGGCGCGGUGGGAGGGGCGCGAGUACUGCCCCGUCUGCAACCAACUCUGGAAGGAGGCAGCCGACGACGACGACGAGGGUGGCGCCGAGGAGGACAUGGUGCAGUGCGACGCCUGCUCGCUCUGGGUGCACACCGCUUGCGAGUCGAUGGCGCCCGACGAGGCGCGGGCCGAGGUGUCGGGGGCGCGCCUCACGGUGUGGUACGAGGAGGAGGUCGGCGAUCAGGCGGUGGACGUGCCGUACUCCGGCAUGGUCAAGCGGUUCGACCCGCGCGACGGGCUGUACGUCAAGUUCGCCGGUUUCCCCGAGGAGUUCCUGAUCACCAACGAAGACGACUGGCAGUGGGGCUCGCACUCCGCCGGCGUCGGCGCCGGCGGUGGCCACGCCUCCUGCCUUUGCAGCGCAGCUGGCCGCACAGUCACGGCGGCAGCGGCACCGGCAGCGGCACCGGUGACGCCCUCCGCGUCUACUUCGUCGUCCUUCGACCCCGCCUUGGCGGAGCGGUACAAGUCGCACGCUGUCCGAUUUGAGCCGCUCACAGCGGCGAACGUCGAGAGCAAGAUGCGCGGGCUGUGCGAGGGCCUCGAGAAGGUCUACGGCUCGAUGCCGUUCGCGCGCAAGGAGUGGGGCACCUCAAUCCUCGGCACGCUGGUCGGACUCAUCUGCGCGCAGACGUGCCGCAACUCUUGGUCGUCGAUCGGCUACGCAAACUUCCAGGCCACCUUCCCCGGGCCCAAUGGGGAGCCCGACUGGGACCUCGUGCGCCGCUCGCGCGUGGAAGCUCUGGAGCCGUGCAUCCAGCACGGCCCGUACUACCACACCAAGGCAGAGCGCAUUCACGGGCUUCUCCAGAAGGCGUACGAGGACUUUGGCGCGGGGACAUCCUUCGAGGCGCUGCACACGUGGCCCUCCGAGAAGGUUCGCUCGUACCUGAUGGCGAUCUCUGGGCUCUCUGGCAAGUCGAUCGCGUGCCUCCUCCUCUACCGCAUGAACCGGCUCAGCUUCGCCGUCGACGCGAACGUGCUCCGCAUGAUGACCCGGCUCGGCUGGCUCAAGUCGCUCGGGAUCAUGCCGGUCGAGGGUCUCGCCAUCGGGGACCGCCGUGUGGUUGCCCGCAUCGGCCUGCUGCCCGCUCCGCCGCCGCGCAGAGCGCCAGCGGCGGCAGCGGCAACGGCGCGGCGGGACUCGAGCACGGACGUCGUCGCGGUGGGGAUCGCCGUCGAGCGAGAGAGCGGCCGGAUCGUGCUGCGCCUGCAGCCCAUCCCGAUGCCCGUGCGGCUGCAGCUCUGCGCAAAGCAGCCAAAGCCGCCACGGCCGGCACUCACCUUCCGGCCCAGCGGUGCCGGGACGAAAAAGCGGCGCUGCGGAGCGCCAGCGCUGCUGCCGGCGCCGGCGCACCGCUCCUGGCCGCAGGCGCCUCCUCACGCGCAGCUGCAGGCGAUGGCUGGAAUGUUGCAGCAGCCGUUUCUUCCCGCGCCCACCCCUCCGGCCUCGCCUCCGCCGUGCGAUCCUCUCGAGGACGUCACGAUGGACGCGGCCGAGGGUGGUGCCACGGACGAGGCCGAGGAAUCCAUCAGCGGCGGUACGGCAGACGCGGCCGAGGUGGCGAUGGAUCUGGCUGAGGGGUCUAUCCUAGACCUGACGGAGGAGGGCGAGGAGGGGGGAAUGGACGCGAUGGAGGCGUGUGAGAUGGGCGUUGACGACCGCGUGCUCGUUCGCGACGUGAUAGCUGAGGCGAUUGGUCGCUUGCCGAGUGCUCCGGGGGUUCCCUCAGCUACGCGGAAGCCAGGCGUGCCCCUCGCAUUCGGCUUCUCUCCCUACGACGUGUCCGGGAAGAUCGGCCCAGAGGAGCCGCCGCAGCAGGCGGCCUCGUCCACAGACAUGACGUCGGACGCGUGGCGCGCAGCCCCGGGCUCAGCGGCGCUCAAGGUCACCGGAGCGCCCAAGAUGUACUGCAGAGUGCACUCGACGUACCACGUGUGCGACUGGACGCGGCAGCGAGCCAAGGAGAUGGCCGCGGCGAAGGCUCCCAAAGCCGCUGGUGGCGCCGCCUCUGCUCGAGCGUCUCAGUCGGCCCACCGGCGAGCGAGCGGCGUGGGCGACAUCGAGGACCUCCCAAAGCACCCGCAGGCGAACAUCAAGCGCUUCUCGGUCCGCGCGCAGCAAUUCAUGCGGGAGAUACUGCCUCAGGACGAGGACCCGCCGGCAGAGCCGUCCCGCGAGAAGCGGGAGCUGCAGACGCUGCUGUACCGAGCGCACGUGUACAUGAUCACGCACGGAGCGAUCCUCUGUGGCGAGACGCCGAGCUGCGACCAGUGCCCGAUCCGCGCCUCGUGCGAUCCCGUCGCGCCCACGGCGACCGUGCUUAAUCCCGCCGACGAGUCCGCCUCUCUCACCGAAGCGCUCCCGGCCGAGUGCGGCGGCAGAGUCUCUCUGUCGAGUGCGGGUGCGGCUUCAGGAGCGGAGCCGUUGCAGGAGCCGCCCGCUGGGAAGGAUGCCGCGGGAAUCGCGGAUGGCACCGUCGAGGAUAUGCCUGAGGAUCCGGGCCGAGCGGCGCCGCCUCGUCCCUCCGCCCUCCCUGCGGGCAGCCCCACCGAGAAGGAGCUGGCGGAGCUGCACAAGCUUGCUCGCGGCGAGGGCGACACGCACUACCAGCUGCGGCAGGCCCGCGCAGUGCUCGACGAGUCGAUCGCGCCGCGCCACGCCGGCGACGCGACGCCCCGCCUGUUGCUGGUCAAGUCGAUCGUGGGCGAGCACGCGUGCGGCCGGCUGCUCUUCUCUCCGUGGACGGCCUUCAAGGGCAUCUUCCCGAUGCACGGCACCUACUUCUUCCAGAACGAGGUCUUCGAGGACGAGUCGGCCGGCGAGGUGCACGUGCCGCUCGCCAGCCUGGGCACGAGCCACCCCGUCUACCUCGGCAAGUCCAUCGAGGGCGUGCUGCGCGGCCGAGGCUCCCGCGAGCUGCAGCUCCUCUUUCGACACGGCUACGUCUGCAUCCGCCGCUUCCGCACCAGCAGCUGGCGCCUGCUCCCCCUCGUGCUCGACCCGCCGCGGCUGCUCAAGUACAACGCCCUCCCUUCGGGCGUGGCUGUUCAGAUUGGCCUGCACACGGCGGCCGAGGCUGCGGCGGCGACGAGCGAUGGCGCGGAUGUGUCCCCGGACCCCGCCGAGGCGAGUCGGCGCGCCGUCGCUCGGGCGACGGGAGUGCGCCUCUUUGGGCUCUACGUCGCGGCGGGAGGGGCUCUGUGCAUGCGAGAGAGUGUGUGGCGCCGCGUCGUGCUCUCCAUCCACCCCGACCGCGGCGGCGACGUAACCACCUUCCAGCUGCUCAACGACUGGAAGCGGCUGCUCGACUCGGGCGAGGAGCUGCCGAGGGAGGUGGCGGGCGAGAUCGAGCGUGCGUCCGACGAGGGCCUGGCCGCAACAGCGGUCGCCCUGGCACUCAAGAUUGAGUCCGACCUCCGCUCACGGGCGGCGGAGCUUGGGCUGCCGCCGCCCGCCUUGCUGAAGGGGCCGGGCGUGGCCGAUGGCGACGCCGACGCCGUCGUGGGCGAAGCCAGCGGUGUGCACACUGACAUGGACUCGCACAGCGCAUGA